UUCCAACGUCACCUUUUUCAAUUGUUCCUCGAUUGGGUAUAAAUACUUGAAAAACUCUCAUAGGCCACCCCAAGAUAUGCGUGUUUGCCCGAUUUAUGUUGUUGACUCCACCGAAGGUAUCCUGGAGGAGGACGUAACCUUUUGCACCAAGAUGUUUCAGUUAGUAACGCGAUUAGACCCAUAUGAUGUUCAACAGAACAGAUUGAUCUUUCGAUGGUCCAAACAGAAAUGUCCUGCUGAAAAGAGAGAGAAAUCAUUCAAAUUUGUUUUACCAACUUCAGGUUCGAUUGUCUUGGUGUUGUGCAUUAUGUUCCUUCUACUAAUAUAUCGCUACUUCAAAACAAAAGGAGAUGAUCAUGCAAGACUUGAAAAGUUUUUGAAGGAUUACGAAGCUUUCAAGCCCACAAGAUUUUCCUAUACUGAUCUCAAAAGAAUCACAAACAAUUUCAAGGAUGAAAUAGGCGAAGGAGCUCAUGGAUCAGUCUUCAAAGGUAAGCUCUCCAAUCAGAUUAUAGUAGCUGUGAAGGUACUCAACAACUCUGAUGACGAUGGCAAGGAUUUCAUUAAUGAAGUAGGGACUAUGGGCAAAAUUCAUCACAUCAAUGUUGUUCGUUUGUUGGGCUUUUGUGCUGAUGGUUUUCGCCGUGCUCUUAUUUAUGAUUUUUUCCCCAAUGGUUCCCUCCAAAAGUUCAUAUCUUCCCCUGACAACAAAGAAAAUUUUCUUGGAUGGCUGAAGUUGCAACAAAUAGCUCUUGGCAUAGCCAAAGGGAUUGAGUAUAUCCAUUAUGAUUGUGAUUAUCGAAUUCUUCAUUUUGACAUAAAUCCUGGUAAUGUGUUAUUAGGUCACAACUUUACUCCCAAAAUUUCUGAUUUUGGUCUAGCAAAAUUGUGUUCUAAAACUCAGAGUGCUGUAUCAAUUACGAGAGCAAGAGGAACUUUAGGUUAUAUUGCACCUGAAGUUUUUUCAAAAAAUUUUGGAAAUGUUUCAUAUAAGUCAGACAUCUACAGUUAUGGCAUGUUAUUGUUAGAAAUGGUAGGAGGAAGGAUAAAUACCCACACAAGUGAAGAAGCUACCCAAAUUUUAUAUCCAAAAUGGAUCCAUAAUUUAAUUGAAGGAGGAGACAUAAAUGUUCAGAUUGAAGAUGAAGAUGACAGUAGAAUCGCAAGGAAACUAGCAAUUGUGGGACUUUGGUGCAUCCAAUGGCAUCCAAUCAGCCGUCCAUCCAUGAAAACAGUGGUACGAAUGUUAGAAGGAGAAGGUGAUGAAUUAAAGGUGCCACCAUCAAUUCAAUUUGACUCCAUAAAUUCCUUCACUACAGGAAGUGAUAUUCCAACAAGACAUUUGAAUUUAGGGUUAGAAAUUAUUCAUGAAUUAGAAUAAGAAGCAGCCUCA